AUGGCCGACGGAGCAACGGACGAGCUGCCGCCGCCGGCAGCAUCACAAAAACCGGCGCUGAAAGGAAGCUGGACACAGGCCCUGCGCGACGAUGUGGAUGUGUCUUUUACCUACUUCCACCUGCUCGCGUGCUGCAUCAUCUCUGGGCUAUCGGAUAGCGUGGCGUUCAAUGCGGCUGGUGUCUUUGUCAGCAUGCAAACCGGAAACACCAUCUUCUUGGCCUUGGGCGCGUCCCACCUUCCGGCUGGCCAGUCCAAGCUCUGGCUGAAGGCCAUCGUGUCGAUCGCCUUCUUCCAGGCCGGCUGCUUCUGCUUUUCCAAGUUCCGCUACUUUGGCGCCCAGCGCAAGGCAGUCAUGUUCGCGUCGACCUUUCUGCAGACCGUCUUCGUGGUCGUGGCCGCGGCCCUGGCGCAGUCCAAGGUCGUCGCGGCCUUUGGUGACACGCGGCUGAGCACCGUCUCGACAAACCCGACCCGGCAGAAGCAGGAGGACGACAUGAUCAUCCUGGUGCCGAUCGCCCUGCUCGCCUUCCAGUUUGGCGGCCAGAUCGUCAUGAGCCGGGUCUUGGGCUUCAACGAGAUUCCAACAAACGUCCUGACGUCGCUCUACUGCGAUCUGCUCUCGGACCCGAAGCUGUUUACAGCCGUCGGGGCUAAUGGGAAGCGCAACCGCCGCGUCUCAGCCGCCGUGUUGACACUGUGUGGCGGCAUCAUCGGCGGCUGGCUGCAGCGGAGUCGAGGAGGCAUGAGCUCGGCGCUGUGGGUCGGCGCGUUUAUCAAGCUCUGCCUCGCACUCUCUUGGCUGGUCUGGCCCAGCAAGAAGAAUUUCAAAUAA